GGCGCAUGCGCCGUGACCGCACUGCGGAGCCGGACUAGGCGAAGCUCGCAGGCAAAGGCAGUGCCAGUCGCGCGCGCGUGCGCGCACCCCAGGCAGGCAGGCAGGCAGCGGGCAGCGGCAGGCAGGCGUCAGAGCCGGAGCUGCGGCUGCCUCCCGGGCUCUGCAGCCUCGCCGAGCAGCAGCAUGCCAGCCGGGCACAGCAGCAGCCGCCGCCGCCGCCGCCGCCGCCACUGCCCGCACCGCGGCUCCUCUCCGUCUUUCUGCUGCUGCCGCCGCCGCCGCUGCUCCCCCGCGCGGCGCUGAGCCCAUCACCGCCGCCUCCAGCCUCAGCAGCGCCCCAGGGUGAAGCCAACUGAGCCCCUGCCAAGAUGCCCCUGGUGAAGAGGAACAUUGAACCGCGCCAUCUCUGCCGCGGCGCUCUUCCGGACGGAGUCACUAGCGAGCUGGAAUGUGUGACCAACAGUACCUUGGCGGCUAUCAUUAAGCAGCUGGGCAGCCUCAGUAGGCAUGCUGAGGACAUCUUUGGAGAACUCUUCAAUGAAGCCAACAGCUUCUACCUGCGGAUGAAUUCCCUGCAAGAGCGAGUGGAUCUUCUGGUGAUCAAGGUCACUCAGCUGGACUCCACUGUGGAAGAAGUGUCCCUGCAGGAUAUCAACAUGCGGAAAGCAUUCAAGAGCUCCACCAUUCAGAACCAGCAGGUGGUGUCGCGCAACUCCAUCCCCAACCCCGUGAUGGAGAUGUACCAGCGCUGUGAUAAACCUCCGCCACUCAACAUCCUAACGCCAUAUAGAGACGACAAGAAAGACGGCUUGAAAUUCUACACCGACCCUUCAUACUUCUUCAACCUGUGGAAGGAGAAGAUGCUGCAGGCAACGGAGGACAAGAGGAAAGAGAAACGCCGCCAGAAGGAGCAGCGGCUGGUCGAAGAGUCCACCCGGGAAGUGAAGAAAGUGCGGAAAGCUCGCAACCGGCGGCUGGAGUGGAACAUGAUGGCCUACGAUAAGGAAUUCCGGCCCGAUAACAGGUUCUCACCAUCUCCAUAUCACAUGGCCUCAUCGGAAGGAUCACUGUCCCCAGAUAAUAGAUCUUAUGCGUCAGAUGCCGCUGACCACUCAUACCCAGCCAGCCCUAACCACCCUGCCCAGCAGAUCUUAGCUCCAGCCUCCCAUCUGUCAACAGACAACAAAGAGGUCAUUCUGGUGGCCAGCCAGGCCCAGGAGCACAUCUACAGGCCCACAGCGGCAGGAAGCCGGCAGAACAGUCUCAACCGGGUCCAACAGCCUCAUGUGCCGCAGCCGCCAGAGACUAUGCUAAAUGGACCGAGACCUCAGAUAGUCAAGGAUUAUGGCCCCCAACAGGUGCCGAUGGCCGAAUAUUUUGUCCCCCCUGCACCUCCUCCCCCUCCCCCUGUCAUCCCUUCUGCCCAGACGGCCUUCGACAGCCCCAUCUCUGCCCCCGCGGGCAUGGCUCCCAAUGCUGCCACCGCUGCGGUCCUCUCCUCCUAUGCUCCUUCCCCUCCCCCAGCACCGCCCUGCCCCUAUUCGGCCUCUCCCCCUCAGAGUGGCCCCCUGGGGCCUCCCAUUGCACCUCCCCCUCCGCCCCCUGGCCCCCCCACAGUUACCGCUUCGCCGGCUCACUCGGCAUCCCCCCCAGCUGUUACGGUUGAGCCACGGAAGCCGCAGAUCCCCCUGAUCCCCAUGAGCGACGCCAGGAGUGACCUGCUUGCUGCAAUCCGCAGGGGCAUCCAGCUCCGGAAGGUUCAGGAGCAGUGGGAGCAGGAAGCGAAGAAGGAGCCAGUGGGUAAUGACGUGGCCACGAUCCUCUCCCGCAGGAUCGCCGUCGAGUACAGUGAAUCGGACGACGACUCAGAACUGGACGAGAACGAGUGGUCAGAUUGAGAAAGGGGGGGGUGCCCUGCGUUGUGGGGAGGGGGUCUCCAGGGUCUGCUUUCCCACAUCUAGGUGUGUGUGACUGGGUUUCCCUGAUGGCAACUUCCAGCUGUUGCCAGCAGCUCAAGUAGCUUUUCCAGGGUCUUUGCUUUUCGUGCCAUGUUGUUGUGUUGAAACAGUUCUAAAGGUGGCCUCUCCGUGGGCGAGGCUGUACUAGCGACGUCCUGUUGAAAUGCCUUGGUGGUCGGAGAGAGAUGGGCUACCCUUUCCCAGGCAUGCAAAAUGACCUUAGAGUCUCCAAACAGGCUGUGGGGGCAGGGAGAGAAAGCAUUCCGGGUCCAGGAUCAAUGAAGUUCAUUAUCUCAGAGAUGACAUACAGAUCUGGGGAGAAGUCAAACAUUAGAGACAACAUUGAUGAUUUUGGCAGAUGCACUUUCUAUACUGAAACACUCCUGCAAAAAGAGUCCUCCUUCUGUGUAAAAUACCGUCAUGUGGUUUCCUGGAUGAGAAGAGUGCUGUUCACUUCUUUUCUCCAUUGCUUAACUUUUCAAGGGCAAAUUCCAGAGGGGUCGUAGUGUUAGUCGGUUACAGCAAAAACUACAAAGAGUUCUGUGGCACCUUAAAGAUGAACACGUUUAUUGGGAAAUCAGCUGCCGUGGGCAGUUUGUCAGAGGCAAGAAGUGGUCACCUAAAAUGGUACAGGCACCUUUGGUACAGAGGAGGAAAAACAUUUGUUUGAUACAGCAUAAGACCAGACAAGGCCUAGUGAGUGUGCUAGUACUUUGCUCAGCACAAAUGAGCACUGGAUCCAAUCAAAUGAAUACACGAUCUCUUCAGCAUGAAUGUGAUUGACUCCUAAUUGGUGGAUAAGCAUAGCAAGACCUUUUGGGCAGAGUGUGUGUGUGUGUGUGUGUGUCUCCCUCCUCCUCCUCCUCCUCCUCCUCCUCCUCUUCAGGGGAUAUAUUCUUACCCACUUAGGUGACCACUUGACUCUGGCCCACACAAAAGCUUAUGCCCAAAUAAGUUUACCAAAACAUUUGAGGGACUGAUCUCACCUGGGCAGAGACUGGCUUAUUUAUUUUGUAUUAUUCCUACAUGUCAUUUUCAGGAUGUUGCCCUGGAGAAAAAUGGGUUGGACCCAAACUUACUGCCAGGCUCAUGGAAGGUCCUUCUGCAAAUACAGUGGUAAGUUUGGAUCCAACCCAAAGGUUUGUUUUUAUAUAAUUACAAAGAACAGAAUACAAUCACACAUACAUACAUACAUACAUACAUACAUACAUACAUACAUACAUACAUACAUACAGUCCAUCAGAUACAGCAAAACACAACAGGAUUUCCAUAGGAACCCACCUAAUUCUAAUUAAACCAGCUACUCCUGUAUACAAUUAGAUCCCAAUGACUGAGAUAGCAAGAGAACUGGUCAUCUCCCUCCCUUUUUUCUCUGAGCCAUACAAAAUGGGCACAUUUCCUCAGAAAAGGAGUUUCCCCAGGCCCUCUUUGCCAAUCAUGGAUCAUUGGUCCUUUAGAAAGUGUCUUUGUGCAGCCCUGUCCUAUGCACUUGGGAGUAAGUCUCAUUGGUUCCAUGGAAUUGCUCCCAAGCCAGCGUGCGUAGGAUUGUUGCCUUAAUCUUUGAAAGAGAAUCAUGCACUUCCUUGGGAACAGAGCCAAAGCCAGAGUUCACUGCCGGAUUUCGCUUUUAUGAGUGAUCCCCCAGCUCCCCCGGUUCAUAGGUUAAGCUUCUUACAGGCGAAAUGUGUGCUUAAUCCAAAAACAAUGGAUUCCAAAAUAAGGGGAAGGGGGCCGAGGCAGACUCCUUCCUUUCAGCAGCCACUACUGGCACAAAGGCUCGCAAAGGCUUCUGGGACUGCUUGCCUUUGCUUGCAUUGCCCUGCACUCUCAGAGGAGGAGGAGGAGGAGGAGGAAGAGGAGGAGGUGGUGGCAGCAGCAGCGGCACCUCUUUCUGAUGAUUGGUGGCAGCUCCAAGCCUUUUUUAAGGCUGCCCACAGGGGUGGCCCUUCCAUGAGGCAAGGUGAAGCAGUCGCCUCAGGUGGCAGAUUAUUGGGACUCCAGCAGGGUGGCAAGAUGUCCCCUGCCCCUGGCAUCUCCAUUGGGGCAGUUCUUUGGGACUGCCCUAGCCCUUGCAAACGUUGCAAGGAGUGCCUUGCCAGGCUUGCAAGGAGCAUGAGGAGAGAAGCGGAGGCUGCUGGCCACCUUCCCUGCUGCCCCCUGUGCACUUCCCAAGCUUGUAAAGUGGGCUGGCCCCCGCCAGGGCCAUCAGGCAAGAGCGCAUUGGCACUUCGCUUUUAGAAAGCAAAAGAAAACAAGACCAGCCAAAUGCACCUCACUUCAAGCACCACAGCACCUGUGUCCACCCCAACUAGGAAGCAUGUCCAUUUCGACAACAGCUUAGAUAGCUAUUCUGCAGUUUUCCCAACAUCUAGCAAACUCUGUUAGAGCUGCAAAGAGAAUCCCUGUUGAUAUGAAUAGGUAGGUCACCCAAACAUUGCCUGGAAACUUGAGUCUCAGCCACAACUGUGUAAUGAACAUAAGAACGACCCUGCCGGAUUAGGCCCAAGGCCGAUCCAGUCCAGCCUCCUGUUUCCCACAGUGGCCCACCAGAUGCCUCUGGAGAGCCCACAGGCAGGAGUUGAGGGCAUGCCCCCUCUCCUGCUGUUGCUCCCCUGCCACUGGGAUCCAGAGGCAUCUUGCCUCUGAGGCUGGGGGCGUCCUAUAGCCCCAGAGCAUUGCUUAAGGCUCGUCUGCCUUUGCCUGCUAAGGCAGAGCAGCUGAAGUCAGGCUAGUUGAGGCCCAGCAGCUCUAAAGGGUGGCUGCUGCUGUGAGGCCUCCUCCACAGUGACUCCUGAGUAGACUCUUCAUUAGAGAUACCUGCAGGCUCAGCACAGGCCUGGCAUGUCCCACACGGACCAGAUGUCUGCAUACUGGGCAUGGUCUCCAGAGGUCUCAAACGGUGCCUCUGUCUCCUGAAGGAAACCUGGCAUGGGAGUGUCCUGAGAAGCAUGUCCACACAUGAGGUUGCGCUAAGCGUCGUGGUCUCAGUUUAAGCCCACGUGGACUGUCCGUGUGCCAUAGGGAGGAACCUUGAGAGGGUGGGCACACGCCUCCCUUCACUGGGCAGACGUCUGACUGCCUAGAUCCACUUGCUGGCACAAUGCCACACACAUGGGGCUGAGCAUCAAGGGGGCCUUGGCAUUCUAUCUAUCUGUCUAUCUAUCUAUCUAUCUAUCUAUCUAUCAUAUGUUUAUACCACCUGAUAUGUAGAUCUCUCAGCGGUGUACAAAAAUUUAAAGUCACAAAUUAAAAUACAGGACAAUAAAAACAAUAGAAUGACAUUAUUAAAAGAAGUUUUAAAAAAUGAUUAAAAUUAGCUCUAAUUCAGAGCCGGAGAGAGCCGGAGGUUCCCCCAGAUCCUGGAGGCUCUGACAAGAUUUUGUCAUCUUGUUCUCUUUUGCUUCUUAGAGGCGAGGUUUCUAAGGCUUUGCAAGCAGGUGUGUGGAUGCCUCUGGAGCCUCAAAAGGCUCCAAAAGGCUGAGCAGGAGAUCCUCCUUCGCCCUGGGCAUCCACUCUGCAGCCCUCUCUGUGCCUGGGAGUGAAGGGGUUAGACAGGUACUCAAAGCAGGAGUGGAAAAGGGGGAGGAAGUGGCAGCAGCAGCAGACUCCAGACAGGUUCCAAACGAUGUCUGGGGGGGCCAGGAGGCAGGAAACUUGCCACAACUUGCAGCUUGUGGGAACCGAUGGCCUCGGAAGACAUUCUCGUUGUGCCCUUGAAGGAGGCAAUUCACCAAAAUGCAGCAGGCAUCCUAUAAGAACAGCCCUGCUGGAUCAGGCUCAAGGCCCAUCUAAUCCAGCAUCUUCUUUCACACAGUGGCCCACCAGAUGCCUCUGGGGAGCCCACAGGCAAGAGCUGAGGGCAUGCCCUCUCUCCUGCUGCUGUUGCUCCCCUGCCACUGGGAUUCAGAGACAUCUUGCCUCUGAGGCUGGAGGUGCCCUAUAGCCCUCAGACUAGUAGCCACUGAGAGACCUGUCCUCCAUGAAUCUGUCUACCUCCACCUCCUCCUCUCCAUGAUUAGCAGAAGUGGAAGAUCAAAGAGCAAAAUGACUUAAUUUGCAGCACUGAGACACUUUUGCCAAAGGCAGCUUUUCAUGGCAGAGGAUUUGGGUCACCUUGAUCUGGAAUUCUCACAGCUGGGAGAGCAAAGCCCAUCCAUUUUGCUCCUGAUAUCCACGCCAUGAGAGCAUCUGAGAAAACUGAGUUAUGCCUCAUAAACCCCAGCUAGUCCCAGUGGUUUUUCGCACAGGUCCUGAUCUCAGUCCACAGAAAGUGCUUUCCUUUGAUUUGACCAAGCUGUAAAUGUUAUUUACAAUACCUUUGAGAGAGGUGCCUGAAGCUGGAUUUUCAAUUUAGACCACUGAGUUGAUGGCCCUCACCUUCAGGCUGAAGUGGUAUAGCCCAAGCAUAGUGGUGGAGCCCAGACCUUACUACCUUGGUGAGAGCUAAAGCCUUUUCAGCAACACCAGGAAAACAAAACAAGAAUGAUGCCAGUGGUCCAGUGAACUAUGACAGGCAUGAUCACAUGGGUUGAGGUUUUAAGGAUUGUUAGCUGCUUAGAAAGCCCUCUGGGUUUUAGAAAUAAACAGAUAGGCCAUAAUAUAAAGCCAUUACCUCUGUUUAAGAGGCUUGGCUGGGGCACUGGGAUUCUUAAAAGUGAAACAGAGAAAGCCAUGAUUUCGUUGCAAGACUGGCCAUGCAUGAGUUGUGGUUAAUGAUCAAGAACUGUAUCUUGUGUAGGGACAAAAUAUAUACCUUAAAAAUACCAUCAAAAUCACCUGUAACUAUUUCCCAUUGCACAGUGUUAAAUGUAGUUGUUUUGAUAUGAAGCAUCUAUUUAAAAUGUUGGGUUGACUUCUUUUUCUUAUUUGUACAAGAUUUUAGAAUAUAAUGCAGAGAGAAAAGAUGAGGAGUAACAAAUCGAUAUAUGGAUUGCUUUUAUAUUUUGUAUUAAUUAGUCAGGGAGUUGUAUUAUAUUUUGUAUUAAUUAGUUGGUCCAUGGAGCUCUGAUUGAGCAGAAAUAAAAAGAGGCUGUCAGGAACGAAUCGGGUUGUGGGAGGAGCAGGAUAUCAAGAGAAGGAUUUCUAUUAAAGGUUGGGCUUGAUGCAGAAAUAUAAAUUAAAUUGGUAAAUUGUGCCGUUGAGUUGGUGUUGAUUCCUGGUAACCACAGAGCCCUCCCAUACAGUGCGAGAUGAUGCCUUUCAGCAUCUUCCUAUAUCACUGCAGCUUGAUAUAGAUGUUUCCCAUAGUCUGGGAAAGUCCCCAUUAAAUAAUGUCUUCUGUUCAAGGCCAACCUCUGAGGAGGAGCUGUUGCUCAUGAAUUAUGAGACUGAGAAGAAUACCGUUUGAGUCCUAACAAUUGGUGAGUUCAGAGCCUGGUAGGUAGCAGUUCAAUCCGCAUGAUACAUACAAACACAGCGCAAGUCAGGAGUCUAGGAGGACAAACUUGGCUUCAGGACCAUGGACAGAGCAGAAGGUUGCUGAAUGCUCUGCUAAGUCAAGUAGCUUAGAAUGUUGCCAGGGCUGGUCAGAAGCCUACAGUGGACUGAGGGAGUCUCUGGGGAGGCUCAGUGUCUGAGGAUGUCAGCAAGGAGAUGGUCCUGAGAGCAUGCUUUUUGCAGGUUCCUCUCUUCCACCUUAUCUGUAGGUCUCUGUAGGAGAUGGCCCUCAGUGGUUGCUUCCUGAGACAGUCCAAGAUGAGGGGUUCCAUCCAUAACAGCUUCAUAUAUUAAGGAAAGCUUUCUGUGUCCAUCUCUUGAGCCAUGUCAAGUCUGAGAUGCAGACAUAUUUUUCAGAGUGUUGCCUCUACCAUCCUGUCCGCCUGUUGUUCUCCAUUGUUUGUUUAUUGAAGGAAGUUUGAAACUGUGUCACAGAUGACACUUCUUGCAGGCACAGAUAUCAUUGUUGGUGUUCUCAUUAGGAAGAAAGGGACCAUGCCUACCAUCAUGGCCAUUACCACCGACACCAACUCUUUAUCUGGUGGUGCCACCUUGAACGUUUGCCCCUUCCUACAGAGAGUGGCCUAGAGACAGUGGACAUCCCCAUCCCACCAUUUCAUUGCCUCUUAGUAAUGUGAUGCCUGCCAAUCAAUAAGCAUAAAUGGAAUUAAGAAACAGGAAAAGGACCUCUAUUUGGAUCCAGACACCACAAAACUGGAGGGGUCCCCUGCCUGCAUCAUGAACCAGAUUGGGAAUUUAACUUGCGGAGUUUCUGUCUGUUUAGAUUUCUAAGUAAACAGUGUAACUGAUUGCAGCCAGAUCUCAUGAGGGCUGGUAGGUAAUUUUCUUUUUUCCCAGUAGUAGCCAUAGAACAGGAGUAAAAAUGCUUGGCAACUCAGGUGUGAAGUGCGAUACUCUGCAAAGGCAGAGGUAUCCAAACCUUGCGGGAGUUCACCGUAGCUCUCGUUGGGUGUGUUUCCCCCCCUGUGAUAGGGCAGGAGAGUAAUCACAAGACAUGCAUGCUCCCAACCCUGCUAUGAACUCCAUGAUCCAAGGAUUUCUCUGUAGAUAACGGCAUUUUUCAGACACAGUUAUCAUUUGAAAAUGUCUUGUGGAUGCUCAAAUAUCACAUUGAGCCUGACAGCACUGAUCUCAUUUUGUGCUGAUUUGUGUGUCGAAAAAUGCCUCCUGUUUUGGGCCAUUUCCAGCAUCUGUUGUGCCUGACUGGAUGUCGUUCUGCUGCUCCUUUCCUUAGCGCACUCUCCCUUUUAAUCUGAUUGGCUGUGGCGACUCGUGAGAGUCUUUUGAUAAUAUCAUGCUGCAACAUCUUAUGUGCUGACAAACAUUUGGAUACAAAUCCAUGUGGACAGACAUAGCCAAUCAGAUUCUCCAUAGCUUAAGAUCUCCCUCAGAGCCCCUGCUCCGGGCUCCUCCAUCAUCUGAAGUACGGUGACUUGAGACGGGGCCUUCUCUGCUUGGCCCCACAGUUCUGAAACUCCUUGUUAAGGAAGGUUGAUCCAUUUCCUCCCUUCUGGUUUUAAGACUGUUGGCUAAGGUAGCCCUUUUUCAAAGAGCCAUUGAAGCUUCCUCAUAGUUAGGAGAGGAGAGCUGGUCUUGUGGUAGCAAGCAUGACUUGUCCCCUUAGCUAAGCAGGGUCUGCCCUGGUUGCAUAUGAAAGGGAGACUAGAAGUGUGAGCACUGGAAGAGAUUCCCCUCAGGGGAUGGAGGUGCUCUGGGAAGAGCAGAAGGUUCCAAGUUCCCUCCCUGGCUUCUCCAAGAUAGGGCUGAAAGAGAUUCCUGCCUGGAACCUUGGAGAAGCCGCUGCCAGUCUGUGAAGACAAUACUGAGCUAGAUAGACCAAUGGUCUGACUCAGUAUAUGGCAGCUUCCUAUGUUCCUAUGUUAGUUUGCAUGAAGGGACUGCUUGAUUGGGUUUUGCCUCUUCUUUUAUUGUUCAUUUUGCACUGGAUUUUGUUCUAUGGUUGUUUUAAUUGGUAUUUAAAUUCUGCUAUGUUUGUAAGCUGCCUAGUAAGUCCAUUGGGCCAGCGGGUAACAAUAUUUUAAUAAAUUAAGCAAACAAACAGGAGCAUGGCCAAAUGAGGUGGAAGCCGGUGAGAGCAGAGAGGGAGAUAGGAGAUGGCACUGCAGCUGCAGUCUAGGGAGCAAAAAGGGAGCUGAACAGCACCGGAGCAGUGUCAAUGUUCAGCAAAACAAGAUCUUCUUGUCCCCAGUACUUUCCCCGACUGUAUACCUUCUGCUGCUGUGGCAUGAUAUUGAAAUCAGAGUCCUGCUUGAAUGUGUGAAGUGAGGGCUAUUUGGGAGCCCUUACUGAUCUGGCAUGGUACCCGGGGUGCGAUAUACCACUGCUGCUUGAAUUCAGCCCCCCAAAGGGCAACAGCUGGACUCAGUCCUGGGGAGACCUGCAGUUCCAAGCCAAGCUCACAGAACCUGCACUGCACUUUAGAAGACGUAGUUCUUGGACCCCGUGCUGUGAUCCCUGUGUCCUUCAUUAUCCUGUCCCUGCAAUGAAAUGGCCAGCAGUUCUGGACUAAAUGCACAGCCAAAGUGUUGACAGACCAUAAGAGAAACGGCUUUAAUUUGAGAGGGGAUAUGCCUGGCUUUUCUCUUUUGCAAGCGGAAGGAUGCAGUUGGGGACCAAGCAGAGACUUGAGGGGAGGCAGAGCUCGCCGUAUUUACCCAAAUAGACGUCUAGUCUGGAUUUAAGACGGCCCUCUUAAAAAAUUAAAGUUACAUACAGGUUCCGCUGUAUUUAUCUUAAAGGAUGGGGAUUCUGAAUUUAAGGUGACCCCCCCCAAUUUCUAACAUCAAAGAAUUUGGGGGGGGGACACUAGUUUUGGGUUCAGGCAAAUACAGUACUCUGAGACUCAGUCAAUCAGCCAAUGUCUUUAUUUCGGCCUUUGACCAGGAUAAGGCAGAAAGCUGAGCCUCAAAGCAACAUGCCCGGUCCCUGCUCUCUGGGCCUCUGCAGGCCAGACGAGGAAAUGGCAGUCAAUUCAACACUCAGGUCAGAAUGCUGACUUGCUGGCCCAGAAUCCUCUUGGUUCUGAGAAUCAGGUGGCCUUAGAGAGCCAGUCCCAUGCCACUGCUGCUAAAUCGCUCUCAGAGCGGCUGCACCCUCUCAGCCUUGGGGCCAUGUGUUGAUAGCAGAAGCCACUAGGCUUCUCCUGCUAGCCACUCCUCCCAACUCUGCAAUUCCAUGGAUGCUGCCUGCUUCCUCUGCUGCUGGUGCUUGCUGCCUCUCCGGCUGUGGAGGCCGGCUCUGGCAGGCAGCUUGUCAAGCACACCAUGUGACUCCCAAAGCGCCCACUGUGGACUUAGUGGCUGGCUCACUGAAUGGCAGCCUCCUCACUACAUGUGCACUGCCCAGCCCCAAGCCCCAUGGCAGACCCAUGGGCUGCUUCGGCACACUUGUGGCAGUGCCAGCUCAUGCAAACUUGGAGAAAUGGCAGAGUUUUAGAUUUUUCCAGGUGCAAGAGCCUACUUCAAUCCAUGCGUGGGGAGAGCCACAUUUCCCACCUCUUUGGAAUAAAUGAAAAUGGACAGACUCCGUCAGGCUGCCUGGCAUUUCCAUUUGGGGAAACUGGUUUCCAGGAUCCCUGUCUUCUCCUGUUUGAAUAGAUGGCUUAGCUGGAGAGUGCUCUCUUUGAGUGUGUGCAUCCUAGCCAUAAGCAGUGAUCAAAACAUUAGAACACUGAGCUGCAAAGAUCCGAGUGUUCAUAAAUGCCUUGGAAAAUGUGGCAGUUGGGAGACCAGCCUGGUCUGGAGCCCAAAGAUGAUGAAGAUGUGAAGAUGCCAGAGACCUUGUCCUAAUCAAAAAUCUCAGACCUGUCAACCCUUAGCCACAGUUCUCCUGUAUCACAUGCUCCAAGGGUCUACAUUUUGAAUAAUUCAAAUAACCGAUCUUUAAAAAAAUUAAAACUUCCCUUCAAGUAGAAGAUGUUUUAAUGCUCCCAUAGGGGGAUAGGGAGGGGUGUUAGGCUAACCUUCUCCCUGCCAUUCUAGAAUUCUCAGUAUGGAGAUGUUCUUCAUUCAACAUGAACAUUCAGAUGUUCUAACAUUCAAAUAUAUGGUCCCCCUCCCAGUCAUCUGAAGCCCAGGGAAAGUUGUGCCAUAUGAUGAUCUGAGUUUAUCUAGUCUGCAAAUUCUGUUCAAUCACAACCAACAGGAAAUAUUUCUGACCCAAAGAUUGCUAGAUAAUUAAAGGAUUAGGUGUGAAUGUUAAAUACAAAAAGGUAUUUAACAAUGCCUUGCUUUGACCAGUUAGGACGCUCAUUAAUCUUUUAUACAUGUGUAAAAUGUAGUUUUUAACAUGCACAAAAGGUUAAUGAGCAUCCCUAGUUGGUCACAGUAGGGCAUUGUUAAAUAUCUUUAACGAUGGGUUCAAGUAAGCAUAAUAUUGUUCAGCAAAAUAUCCUACAAAUGGUUAAUCAGAUUAAAAGUAGGGCCAUUUCCACAUGAGCUCUGCUCAGCCUAUGGUGGUAUAAGGCCAGAAGGAAUUCUGUGCGUUUACACUUCAGUUGCAGCCCCCCAGUUUCCUUUCCAUAUCCCCCCCACCCUAUAUAAAUAUUUAAGAAUAUAAGAAGAGUUCUACAGGUCUGCUUAGGCAAUCUUGGCUCUCCGGCUGCCGUUGAACUACAAAUCCCAUCAUCCUUAGCCACAGUAAAUUGUGGCUGGAGAGCUGAGGUUGCCUACCUGGUUAGGCAAGGUUGCCUGUUGCUAGUUUAGUUCCACAUCCUCUAUGGUCGCCGACCGGAUGCUUCCAGGAGGUUCACAAGCAGGGUGUGAAGGAGCAUCUGGCAUUGUUCUCAGCAUCUGGCAUUCAGAGAGGUACUGUGGGGCUGGCCAGCCUGAGGCUCUCUGGUUGGGGUUGGACUACAACUCCCAUUACCCCCUGCAGCAGGGGGUGAUGGGAGUUGAAGUCCAACUCCUGGUCACCCCUGGUAUGUCACCUCUGGUGCUUCUCUUGUACUCUCAUGAUGAAUAGCUACCCUUCAUUUGGAUAACUGGAACGCAUCAUUCAAUAAGCCAGACAAAUGAUCCCAAAACUACGUUGGGGUCUCUUCUGCUCAUAUAGUGGUUUAUAAGGUUUUUUGUUGUUGUUGUUGUUGUUGAAAUGAGUAUUUUUAAAUGUUUGGUUUCUGCUUCAAAAAAGAGUAACUAACGGGAGAAACAAGGGCAUAUGCAAUGUGUGGAGUUUUGCACACAAUUCAGAGUAUUAUUUGACGGAUUCACAGGAUGGCAUUGUGGACCACACAGUGAUGACUGAAAGAAAAGGCGAUUCUCACUAUCUACGGGGUGUUCUAACCACGUGCAUUUAGUCAGUAGUAGAUCAGUCAUCUUUGCUGCUUUGUAUCUAUCUACCGUACACAGUUUCCUAAAUGUACAAGCAAAUGUUCCUGAUGGUGAUGUGGGUCCUGUUUGUCCCAAAGGCGACGAAACAGGACCAGAGUAUAUAUGGUUGCAAAUGGAACUUUCUUCUUUUUCUGCCUGUAGAGGAAAUCCUAUACAAGAUCUGAAAAACUGCUAGUAAUUGAUUAUGGUUCUUUUUAUUUUAUUUUUUCAAGAAAUGUGGUACAACAUAAUCCCAUGCUGUUGACACUUUAUGCAUGUUGGAAAUAAAUAAAAAAAGAAAAUAAAGAUUUUAAGAGGA